GAGUCCGCAAUUGAUCCUCGCGAGGAGUGGCCAUUGCAGAACAGGGUGCUCUUUGAUUUCCCGUAUCCCUCGAGUUUGGGCAAGUGAUUCAGUGGGGUUCGUGUCCUCAAUCUUCCCACAGACGCAAAUGAUUCACUUUGUGCUGCUUAUUAGCCGUCAAGGGAAGGUGAGACUUACAAAAUGGUAUUCACCUUACACACAGAAAGAAAGAUCAAAGGUUAUCCGUGAGCUCAGUGGAGUGAUUCUUUCUCGUGCUCCUAAGCUCUGUAAUUUUGUGGAUUGGAGAGGAUAUAAAGUUGUUUAUAAAAGAUAUGCUAGCCUCUACUUUUGCAUGUGUAUUGACCAAGAUGACAACGAAUUAGAAGUGCUUGAAAUCAUUCAUCAUUAUGUUGAGAUCCUUGAUCGAUAUUUUGGCAGUGUAUGUGAGUUGGACUUAAUAUUUAAUUUCCACAAGGCCUACUAUAUACUAGACGAACUUCUAAUUGCUGGUGAGCUUCAAGAGUCCAGCAAGAAAACAGUUGCUCGGUUGAUAGCUGCACAGGAUGCAUUGGUGGAGACUGCAAAGGAGGAAGCCAGUUCACUGAGUAACAUAAUUGCACAGGCCACCAAGUGAGGGAAAUCAAUGACACAAUUUCUUGUUAAAAUGGUAGGCUCUAAAUUCCAGAUUUUGUUGUUAUGGGUGGAAUUUUAAAUUUCUUUAUAUAUUUGGGCUUCCCUCUUCUCUUCUGGUUGGCCUUCUAUUUCUAUUAUGUAUAUGCUGCUGAGAUGUCUAUUGCUGGCGGCCCAGUUGCCUCCAGAAUACUUGGCCUUUGAAUAUUGGUUUAAAUGGAAUUUAGUAGUGUGAGAAUCUGUUUACUUGGGACAGAC